AUGGCAGACAUCAGCGAUGCCGAGCUGCACGAGAUUUACGACUUUGCCGUCCAGCUCGGCAAGGACGCCGGCGACCUGUUGAUGAAGUUUGCCAUGGCCCGCUUCACCGGCGCCGCCGUCGGCGAGCAGGCCUUCGAGGAGAAGGACAACGCCGUCGAUAUCGUGACCAAGGUCGACCAGGACAUGGAGGCUUUCAUCCGGUCGUCCAUCGAGAAGAAGUACCCCUCACACGCCUUCCUCGGCGAAGAGUCCUACUCGGCCGGCGCCUCGCGCGACUACCUCGUCACCGCCGCCCCGACCUGGAUCAUCGACCCCCUCGACGGCACCGUCAACUUCACCCACCUGUUCCCCCUCUUCUGCGUCUCCAUCGGCUUCGCCCUCCACGGCCGCCCCGUCAUCGGCGUCAUCAACGCCCCCUUCCUCCGCCAGCUCUUCACCGCCUGCCGCGGCCGCGGCGCCUGGCUCAACGACACCCAGCGCCUGCCCCUGCUGCGCGACCCCGCCGUCCCCGCCCUGCCCGCCGCCGCCCCCAAGGGCUGCAUCUUUGCCUGCGAGUGGGGCAAGGACCGCCGCGACGUCCCCGACGGCAACAUGCACCGCAAGGUCGAGAGCUUCGUCAACAUGGCCGCCGAGGUCGGCGGCCGCGACGGCAAGGGCGCCAUGGUCCACGGCAUGCGGAGUCUUGGGAGUGCGACGCUCGAUCUAGCCUACACCGCCAUGGGCGCGUUCGACAUCUGGUGGGAAGGUGGAUGCUGGGAGUGGGACGUCGCUGCUGGCAUCGCCAUCCUCGAGGAAGCCGGCGGUCUCGUCACGACGGCCAACCCACCCGACGACGCGGCCACCGUCGACAUUCCCGAGGCCAAGCUGGGCGGCAGGCUCUACUUGGCCAUCAGGCCUGCGGGACCCUCGGACACCGAAACCGGCCGGCAAGGACAGGAGAGGGUCGUCCGCGAGGUCUGGAGGAGGGUCAGGGAGCUGGACUACGCCCGACCCGGUGUGGAAUCGAAAUAG